AUGGCGCCAUCUUUGGAGGCUACGUCGACGACGACUGCUCUCGAGGCAAGGGAGACCAGGUUCUACUACAACAACGGAGACUGCGGGGAUAAGAAUAUUUAUGUGUGCCGACCAGGGAUUAUCUACGGGAUAGUCGGGGCUGUCGUUAUUGGUCUCGCCGUUAUAUUCUAUGCCCUUUACCUUUACAGAGACACGCGCAAUGGGGCCAAGGCUCUCGUAAAGACACUGAUCAAGGGUCUGAAAACCAUCACGCCCUGUUUACGGCGUCGGCGGAAGACCAGAAGAGUCCGCCGUGUCAAGCGCGAUGUGGAAAUGAAUGUUGUCGACUUCGAUGCCAAAACAGUGGGUUCCGAUACGCCCAAGGAGCCCGCUGAUACUGGCGACAGCCAAACAGCAUCCGCUUCUAACUCACGACAUGUACACUUCAGCGGCCCGUGA